AUGGAGUCUGCCAAAACUACUCUCAGUACCAUUAAAGGCAAUGUUAUUGACAAUCAAUCGACUCAUGAAGAUCUGAAAUCAAAUGUUACUGACAAUCAAUUGACUCAUGAAGAUCUUAAAUCAAAUGUUCCCAAAAAUCAAUUGACUCAUGAAGAUCUUAAAUCAAUUGUUGUCAAAAAUCAAUCGGAUCUUGAAGAUCUGAAAUCGACUCUUGCCGAACAUAAAAAUAUGCUUAGCGUAUGUCUGGAUGGCUUAAAAAAUGCUUUUGAAUUUAUAAAUUAUUAUAAUGAGAGACUGGAUGCAUGGGAUAAGAAGCGUAAAGAAGUAUGUCAAAGGCUUGCCAACUUAGCAGAAAGUAACAGAUCUUCUGUCUACCCCACGGGUGACAACAGAAAGUAA